CGUGCCGAGAAGACGGCGGCAGCUAAGGACCGGCCCCGCAGCCGGCGCCGCGCGACGCCGCAAGGAGCGCGCGCUCGGGCCCACGGAGCGCGCGCCCGUCCACGAAGUCGGCCACGUGGUCGGCGUGGCGCGCGAGCAGCCACAUGCGCAGGCCCUCGGCCUCCUCCCUGUCGGCCUGCUCGCGCCGCAGCUCCUCCUCGAAGGCCCGGCGCCGACCGGCCAGCUCGUCCGCGCGCACCGCGCGCCGCUCCUCCAUCAGGCGCUCGAGGUCCGCGCGAUACUCGGCGCAGCGCCGGCGCCGGGCCUGCUCCGACAGGCGCGCCAGCUGCUCGGAGCGCGCCAGCCGGGCCAUCACGUCCUCGGCGAAGCGGCGCUCGCGCUCGGCGAAGCGCCGCCGGCACUCCUCCUCGUGGCGCCGCUGCUCGUCCAGCGCCUCGGCGAGCAGCCGCGCCUCGCGGCGGCGCUCCCGGCGGCGCAGCUCCGCGUCGCGCGCCUCGGCGCGGGCCUCGAGGCGCGCCUCCGCGGCCAGCAGCUCGCCGAGCAGCCGCUCGCGCUGCGCGCGCUCGGCCUCGCGCUCGAGCAGCAGCGCGGCCGCGCGCUGGGCCGCGCGCUCGCGCCGCUCGCGCGCCUCCUCGCGCUCGCUUUCGGCGCGCUCGAGCCGGGCCGCGAGCUGCUGCGCGUGGCGCCGCUCGGCGGCGGCCAGCCGGGCCUCGAGCUCGCGCAGGCGCUCCUCGGCCGCCUCGCGCAGCUCGCGCUGCAGAAGCCGCUCGAGGCCCAGCUGCUCGGCGAGCUCGCGCCGCUCGCGGCGCUCGGCUGCCCGCUCCGCGCGCUCGUGCAGGCGGUCGGCCGCGGCGAGCGCCUGGCGUUCGCGGCGCUCCUCGCGCUCGAGCUCGCGCUGCGCCUCGCGCUGCUGCGCCAGCUGGCGCUCGAGCGCCGCCCUGAGCUCGGCAGCGCUGCGCUCGCGCUGCGCGCGCUCCAGGCGCCGGCGCUCCGCGUGCUCGGCGUCGCGCUCCUGGGCCCGCGCCGCCUCGGCCGCGCGCGCCUGCAGCUGCUCGGUCAGCUGGCUCGCGCGGCGCUCGGCCACUUGCGCCUGCAGCGCCUUCAGGGUGUAGGCCUUCUUGAUCUGGUCCUGCAGCUUCCGCAGCUCCUCGUCCUUGGUCGAGCACACGUUGGCGGCGCCGUGCAGCCUGCUGCCGUCCAGUCUUCGUGGGCCGCUAGCCUCGCUGCGCGUUCCCGUUGACGCUAAU